AAAUCGUAUUCGGAUAGAGAAAAAGUCGAUAUUAAAAGCAGUUGGUGGAAAAAUUUAAUCAAUUGCUAUCAUGGCUUGGUUUGGAAACUGUCUAUAUUUUAUUGCAUUGUUAUAUUUUACAGAGAUUCUUUCCAACGUAAUGUCAGAAGAUAACAAGGAUGCCUAUGAAUUCUUUUUAUGUUUUAGGCGACAAAUUUGUGAAUGUGAAGGUGGUGUAGACAAUUAUAAGAGAUGUUACUCAAUGCUGGAAGAAAAGAAUCAUCAGUGGUUUGUGGAAGAAAUCAACAAGUGCAAUUUUAGCGAAAUGACAAGCUACAAUGAUAUGAUAGAAAUCGUCUGUUCUAGCUCUCCUGAAGAAUUUUAUCCUUGUUUCAUGGAGAUGGAGGAAAAGCUCAGGAAAAAAUCUGAUGAAUUAAGCAAAAAUCCAAUGACAACACGUGAAUCCACUGCAAUGGAGUCGGGCAGAACCUGCAUUGUGCCUAAUUUCUCCAUGUGUAUGGAAAACCCAGAGGAUUGCUUUUAAAGUAUGUUUAAGUCUGCAUUUAUUUAUUUGUUUUUUAACUUCCCCUUGGCCUUGGUAAGAUACGACAUACAACUGUACAAUCUUCCAAGAAAGAAGAAAAUAAUUGAAAUUCCUUCAUGUAAUCUAUGUGUCAAGCUACACUUUGUUAAAUAUGAUGAAUAAAAAA